AUGGCGGGGCGCGCCGCCACGGCCUUCGCUACGCCGUGGCUUCUCCUCCAACCUCCUCGUCCUCCUAUUUCUAUUUCUGCGCAAGCCGCCCUGGCUCGAGCAUCCUCGGGUUCGUACGGGCGACGGAGCGUAGGGGGCCCGCGAGCGAGCUUCCCAGCGCCGCGGAGCCGUCUCAGAGCGUCUCGCCUUAGCGGGUGCCUCCCUAUGAGCAGGCGCGCCCAGCAGGUGAAGCGCGUCUCCUUCAUGGACAGUUGCCUCCCUCAUGAACAGGCGCGGUCUGCAGCGGCCGCCGCCGACGACGCAGGAACACAGAUCGCCCCGGAGGACGGCAGCCCAGCGCGAGAGCGCACCGACUCCAGGCGACCUGGGCGCGGCUCUGGCACAACGGCCCGCCCCUCGCCGCGUGCGGCGCCGCAGGAUGUGGUGGCUGUGCCGGCGAACCCCUCUGGCGUGCCGACCAGCACGAGCCCCACGAGCACGGACAGCAGCAGGCCGAGCUGGAGCAGCGGCAGCUCCAGCGCCGAGGGCUCGGAGUCGACGGCAAGUGGCACCAGCGACCAGCGGCCCCGGCCGGACCAGCAGCCUGAGCCCCGCGGCCUCCCUGGGGACAAGACGGUGCGGCGGCAGGAGCUGUGGGAGGCCGCGCAGCGCCGCAGGGCCGCGCAACGGCAGGCACAGGCACAGGACAGCGAGGCGGCCGCGCCGCCGGACGGCCCCGACGGCGCCCCCAGGGGCGCCGAAGGCUCUGCGGGCGACGGCCGCAUGCCCCGGGGAGGGCAGUGCCAGCAAGGCGGCCGUCGGCAGGGCCCCGUCGAGCGCUUGCACGGGGUCGGGGCAGGGUCCGGGCAAGCAUCGCACCCAGCCGGCGUGCCGCUUCUAGCAACGGCGCCUCCAGGUCGGGGCAGCCGGCGGAGUUCAGCGGCGACGCCCAGCAGCCGGCAGCGCGCGGGUGGUUCUUGCUGUAGUAGUCGCGUCCUUCUCAUACUCGUCAUGAAGUGCCCAGACAUGCGGUCCCUUGCGUCGAUGAGAUUUUUCUCUUGCGAACUGCAAAGGCACGCUUGAUCCCUGCUUUCCCUGGUCUUGCCGGGAACAAUGAAGUUAAAUCAAGGAUACACUUUUCUUUGAGGCGGUUUGCGGCUCGGGUUCCCAGCUGCAUCUUAGUCACUGCUUGCUGGUCUCUCUCGCUGGUGGCGUCGGACGGUGAUGGUUGCCUUCGGGUCUGAAUCGCCAAAGUGCAGCAGCACCGCUUCGGCAAUCACACCCUAUACACGUGUCGCCAGGACACAGCGCACAGCGUACCUUAAUAAAGCGUUUGUUCCUAUGCGUUCAAGACGCUUUUAGGUAAUUCGCGCACUGCUUUAAGAGAGGGUCGCUAGUGAAUUGCUUGAAAGCGGAAUUCGUUACUUUCCUUUGUCCCAGUGAGAAGUCUGCGCGGCAAUUUAGAUGGUCGCCAGCCAGGGCCGGCCCACCGACCGGAAGAUCGAGUGCGAGAGGG